AUGUCGGAGGCUUCCCCCUGGGAUGACCCCAAGGCCUUCCUGGCCUCCUUCGAGCAGGUGGCCACCGCCUGCCGGUGGGCAAGAGGAGAAUGGGCGGCCCAUCUCCGGCCAGCUCUGAGCGGAGGAGUGGAAGAGGCCUUCCGGACUCUGGAAGACCGAGACCAAGAGGAUUAUGGGAAGGUCAAGGCGGCCAUCUUGCGGAGGGAAUCCCUGAGGACGGAGAAGCAGCGACAGCAUUUUCGGCAGUUCUGCUGCCAGGAGGUGGGAGACCCCCGGAGGAUCCACAGCCAACUCCAGGAGCUUUGUUGCCAAUGGUUGAGGCCGGAGAGACGCACCAAGGAGCAGAUUCUGGAGCUGCUGAUCUUGGAGCAGUUCCUGGCCAGCCUCCCACCAGAGCUCCAGAGCUGGAUCCGGGCAGGAGGACCAGACACGUGUUCCCAGGCGGUGGCUCUGGUGGAGGACUUCCUGAUGGGCCAACCAGACCCCAAGCCAGGCAGGUGGCAGAGGCCGUUAAAGGAGGACCGUCAGGAUUUCUUGGAGCUACCUGAAGAGGCUGAGAAGACAAGCUUGAAAGGUGGCCACCACAGAGGUGAUGGAAAGGGAAGUUUGGUGAAAGUGGAGAAUAUUCAGGAUGGAGAAAAGAAACCAGAAGAGACAUGUGAGGUGCUUCCAUUCCUGAAUUUGGGGAACGUAGCACCAGGCGUGGGAAGACUGGAGGGAAGCAGCGAAACCCAAACCCAGAACGAAUGCGCUCAACGUACCGGGAGUUGUUCGGGUGCCUUCCUCGAAAGCGCUACAAAACCCACUUGGGAUAAAAUGCCAUCGUUCUCCUUUUACGGCAGAAAAUAUCACUACAGGUUUGAACUUGGAAUGCAAUAUUCCGGGGAGGAAUACAAAAUACACCCUUUGUCGGAGGAAAACCUGCCCCAUAAUUCGUGCUUUAAUAAACCGGAAAAAAUCCUAACCGCAAACCGAAGCUACGAAGGCUCCGGACACGGGAAAGGGAGCAGCCUGGAGAUCUUUCCGACCCUCCCUGCAGAUUGGAAGCCGAAUAGCGGUGCCGAAAGCGGGAAGAGUUUUUGUUACAUGCAGCCGCUGAAAAGAACACAAGACCCCGGGACCGAAACGAGAAUCCAUAAAUGCUCUCAGUGCGGGAAGUGCUUCACCCACAAGGGGGAUCUGAAGACUCACCAGCGCAUUCACACCGGCGAACAGCCGUACAAAUGCUCUUACUGCGGCAAAUGCUUCAACCAGAAGGGAAAUUUAAAGACCCACCAGAGGAUUCAUACGGGAGAGAAGCCGUACAAAUGUUUGCAGUGCGGGAGGUGCUUCAUCCAGGCGGUCCUUUUGAAGAACCAUCAGAGGACUCACACAGGGGAGAGACCCUACAAAUGCCCUCAGUGCGGGAAAAAUUUCAGCCUGGGAGGAGACUUAAAAAAGCAUCAGAGGAUUCACACGGGAGAGAGACCCUACAAAUGCCCUCAGUGCGGGAAAAAUUUCAGCCUGGGAGGAGACUUAAAAAAGCAUCAGAGGAUUCACACGGGAGAG